AUGGUAACAAAUGGGGUUAGCGUUGCUCGUGUGUUGGAUGUCGUACCAGGAGUGGAACCCCAAAAUCAGAUCAAGGACCAUAACAAGGAAGCGUCAGUGAGCAUCGCGCUGUCUUGGCUGACCGAAGAGCAGAAAGAAAAGGUGACGAAGCUAGGGAGCAAGUUUGUCAACUAUGCCCCGCACUUCACGGGCCCGAGCACCCCUGUAGACUCGGCCAAAGCUGUCUUGAAAGUCAUGAAUGAGGCCUCUUUGGAAAAAGGCAGCAGUGGGGCUCUUGUCUCGAAAUUCGGGAAUAAGCAGUGGAUGUAG